CCCGCCCGUGCUCGAGGGGCCGACGGCCAGCGACGCGCACCACGUCGAGCUUGUUUGUGCGGAGGCGAGUCCGCGACGCGUCGAGGCGCGCCUGUAUGGAUGGUCUGACUAUUGGCGCCUGACGCGGUCUCUACGCUCCUGCCAGUCAAAAACUCGGGGUAGGCCCCCUCAUCGAUCCAUAUUCAUAGCCACCCUAUCUCCGGGUCUUCUACCUCCACCAUUCCCUUGCCCGUGUCUACGACCUCCGCACGGCGCAUACAGCGACACCGACGGCCCUCAACACUCGAAGAUGAAGAUCGCUGUGCUCACGUCCGGCGGGGACAGCGCCGGCAUGAACGCCGUCGUCCGUUCAGUCGUAAAGAUGGCCAUCGCCAAAGGCUGCGAGGCCUGGGUUGUCCGCGAGGGGUACGAGGGUCUCGUCCGCGGCAAUGCGCAAGAGUCGUCCGACUCCCGUACCGUGAAAGAGGACGCGAGUUUCGUGCACAAUCUUCGAUUUGGUGACGGAGAGCUGCUGAAGGAUGGCACGGGCGACUACAUCAGUGGACGCACUAUCAAGGGGCGGUAUAUCGUCCGCGGUGGGACGUUGAUUGGAACUGCCCGCUCCACCACAUUCCGCACACAAGAAGGCCGGCAGACGGCAGCAUAUAACAUGAUCAAGGAGGGCAUUGACGCCCUCGUCGUCUGCGGAGGAGACGGCUCUCUGACUGGUGCAGAUGUCUUUCGGUCCGAAUGGCCAAAGCAUGUCGAGGCGUUGCGUGCAGCAGGCAAGAUCACCGACGAGCAGGUUAAGAACCACCAUCAUUUGCGCAUCGUAGGCCUCGUGGGCUCAAUUGACAACGACAUGUCUAUGACGGACCUGACAAUCGGUGCAGUCACGGCGCUGCACCGUAUAUGCGAGUCCAUCGACAACAUCAACUCGACCGCCGUGUCGCAUUCGCGUGCCUUUGUGGUGGAAGUCAUGGGACGGCAUUGCGGAUGGCUGGCGCUCAUGGCGGGUGCAAGUUGCGGCGCGGACUUCAUCUUCAUCCCGGAAGACCCUCCCUCCGAAGACAAUUGGGAAGACAGCAUGUGCAAGAUGAUCCAGACCCACCGGGACAUCGGGCAGCGCAAGACGAUCGUGAUCGUCGCGGAGGGCGCGAUCGACAAGGACCUCAAACCGAUCCGGGCGGAGUAUGUCAAAGACGUGCUCGCGGAGCGGCUCGGCCUCGACACGCGGGUGACCACGCUGGGGCACACGCAGCGCGGGGGUGCGCCCGCGGCGUACGAUCGCAUCAUGCCGACACUACAAGGUAUCGAAGCUGUCGACGCGCUCCUCGAGUCCACGCCGGAUACACCGUCGUACAUGAUUGGCAUCAGCGAGAACAAAGUCACACGUGUCCCACUUAUGGAGGCUGUCGCUCUGACGCGUUCGGUGGGUACAGCGAUCUCAGAGAAGAACUUCAAGAAGGCAAUGUCGUUGCGCGACCCGGAGUUUGCAGAGAUGCUGGAGGGGUUCUAUGCUACGUCGGUGCUGUUGAAGGAGCCAAUGCUGCCUCAUCAUCUGCGAAUGCGUGUUGGCAUCAUGCACGUUGGUGCGCCUGCAGGCGGGAUGAACGCGGCAACACGCACCGCCGUGCGCUACUGCCUCCGGCAAGGGCACAAGCCGUUCGCAAUCCACAGCGGGUUCCCCGGCCUGCUCGAGGACAACGUGCACCCGCUCUCCUGGCUCGGGGUGGACAACUGGAUGACGCGGGGCGGAUCCGAGCUGGGCACGAACCGCAAGCUGCCGGACAUCGACCUCGGCGCGGUCGCGGCGAAGUUCCAGCAGCACAACUUCCACGCGCUCCUCCUCAUCGGCGGCUUCGAGGCGUUCCACGCGCUCUCCAUCCUCGAGGCCGCGCGGAAGAACUACCCCGCGUUCCAGAUCCCGAUGGUCCAUCUGCCCGCGACGAUCUCGAAUAACGUGCCGGUGAUGGAGUACAGUUUGGGCUCGGACACGAGCCUGAACGCGCUGGUGACGGCGUGCGAUGCGAUCAAGCAGAGCGCGUCGGCGAGUCGGAACAGGGUGUUUGUUUGUGGCUACAUCGCAACGAUGGGUGCAUUGGCGACCGGAGCCGUGAUUGUGUAUACCCCAGAGCGGGGUAUCGACCUGGACAUGUUGCGCCGCGACGUCAGGUUCUUGAAGAGACGGUUUGCUCUUGACCAGAAGGGUAAGGCAGAGGGACGACUGGUGCUCAGGAAUGAGUCGUCGUCCGACGUCUACAGCACAGACUUCAUCAGGAAGAUGUUCAAAGAGGAGGGCGGCUCGCUGUUCGACUCGCGCGCCGCCAUGCUCGGGCACACACUGCAGGGCGGGAUCCCCUCGCCGCUCGACCGGACCCGCGCGGUGCGCCUCGCGCUGAAGUGCAUGUCCUUCGUGGAGGAGCACCACCAGGCGCUGCUCCGGCAGCAAGGGCGGAAGCUGGCGCCGCCCGAGUCCGCGGCGGUGAUCACGAUCCAGGGCACGGCGGUGAAGUGGGUGCCCGUCACGGAGAUGGUCACGCACGCGGACAUGCACAACCGGCGCGGGAAGGAGGCGUGGUGGGCGCCGUACACGGACUUGGUCGAGAUGAUCGUUGCGCGGCAGCAACUGCUGGACAAGCACCUGCCUGUGGAUAUCUGAGGGCGUCGUAGACAACCGAAUAGAUUGUAUAGGUAGCCACUGCGUACGAUAUAUCGUUAAAUUCUGUCAUUGAGGGCCUC